AGACACAGGCAGUGGAUCGCCGAUCGUUGUGAUGAUGAGGAAGGAAACCAGGCAGACGAGCCGAUCACCGAGCUCAGGGGGCGGACGACCACGAUGAGCGGCAACGACGAGCUUCAGCUGGAAACUGAGUCGCAGUAAAACCCCGGCGGCUUGCUCACAGUAACUGAGGACAGGGAGGAAGCACGAUAUGCAGCCAUGAAGCGGGUUCGCACUGAGCAGAUCCAGUAUGCUGUGGCUCAGUACCUGAAGAGGAGGCAGUAUGUGGACACCGAUGGCUCCCUGAAAGGAGCCAAACUCUUCCAGUCGGCUGAGGAGAUGGCUGCCAGCCUCACAGUACAGACAGAGUCUGGUUGUGCCAACAUCGUCUCUGCUGCUCCCUGCCAGUCCGACCCGCAGCAGUAUGAGGCUCAGUUCUCCCGGCUGCGCUCCUUUCUGUCAGAAACAGAAAUUUCCUGGGCGAAGGAGGUGAGCGGCAUCCUCUACCCGCUCUUCGUCUACCUCCACCUGGACAUGGUGCACUGCGGCCUGAAGGGGGCAGUAGAUGGUUUUUACAGUCGUUUCCACGGUGCCUUCCUUCAGGACAGCGAGCAGCGCGCCACCAUCGAGCAGCUCCGCCACGUUCUCACCACUCAGGACGUCGCAGCCAACCCCAAGCUGAGUGCUUUCCUGGAGCACAAGUACGUGGUUCACCUGACGGAGCCCGCCUACAGCUACCUGCUGCGUUACCUGCAGAGCGAGGACAACAGCGCCCUCUGCAGGGCCUUCAGCACGCACCUGCAGGUUGAGGUCACCGCCUCCAGGCGUACAGACUACCAGCUGUACGGAGCUGCCGGCGGUGCGACCGCCGCCCCAAACUCCACCUCCUCCUGGGCGGGAGUGGACGGCGCCGAGGGCGGGGAGGGGGUGGAGGUCCCUGCAGGGAUCCCACAGAGUGAGGCGGCCCUGGAGGCUCUGCAGGACUGCAUCAAGAAAGUCCGCGAGGGCCCCCCCACGCUCACCACCGUGUGUUUUUACGCUUUCCACCACACGGAGCAGAUGUUGAACACCGCCGAGGUCUCUGCUGACAGCCGGCUGCUGGCCGCCGGCUUUGACACCUCCACGGUGAAACUGUGGAGCCUCCGAGCCCGAAAACUGAAGGCCAAACCGCAUCAGGCCGACGUGUCGCUCAUCCACCUGGCCUGUGACGUACUGGAGGAGGAAGUGGAUGAAGAAGACGGCUCCGGCAGCGAGGUAAAGACGCUGCGAGGUCACAGCGGCCCGGUGUUUCGUACCGCCUUCCUGACGGACAGCUCCGGCCUGCUCUCCUGCUCCGAGGACACAACCAUCCGCUACUGGGACCUGGGUAACUUCACCAACACGGCGCUCUACCAGGGCCACGCCUACCCGGUGUGGGACGUGGACGUCAGCCCCUGCAGCCUUUACUUCGCCAGCGGCUCUCACGACCGCACGGCCCGCCUCUGGACGUUCUCCCGCACCUACCCGCUGCGGGUCUACGCCGGGCACCUCGCCGACGUCGACUGUGUCAAAUUCCACCCCAACUCCAACUACCUGGCCACCGGCUCCACAGACAAGACUGUCCGGCUGUGGAGCACCCAGCAGGGGGCGUCGGUUCGCCUCUUCACCGGCCACCGUGGCCCGGUGCUGUCCCUCGCUUUCUCACCUAACGGGAAGUAUUUGGCGUCCGCUGGCGAGGACCAGAGGGUGAAGCUGUGGGACUUGGCGUCAGGGACAUUGUUCAAAGACCUGCGGGGACACACAGACAGCGUCACCAGCCUGUCUUUCAGCCCGGACAGCAGCCUGGUGGCGUCGUCGUCUAUGGACAACUCCGUCCGGGUUUGGGACAUCCGGAACUCCCACGGCGGGACGCCGGCCGACGGCUCGUCCAGCGAACUGGUGGGACUGUACACUGGAAACACCAGCAACGUGCUGAACGUCCAGUUCAUGGCCUGCAACCUGCUGCUGGUGACGGGAACGGCACAGGAGAAAGCAGAACAGUAGCAACAGUAGCUGGUUUUUGUGUUUUAUGUUUGGGAGAAAAGCUGGAAUAUCUCCAGAUGUUUGUCAUCAGUGAGACAGGAAACCACUGAGAGGUUCAACGCCACCCUCUGCCCCAGCAGCCACAGUGUCCUCGUUAGUUCUGUCAUCACAAAGAAGCCAGGAUAAAUAUCUUUAUAGUCUCAUUCUCCCAAAACUGGCUUAGAUAUUAGAUCAUUUGUCCUUGGUAGUAUUUUCUAAUUACCAAAGCAUCUAUUCUUCACUCAGUAUCAGUAUUAAAGAAUUCCUCAGUUUCCUGUGUACCCCAUGAUUAAAAAGUUCUGGAUCUCUGUAGUUUUAUGAUCUGUAAAAGCAGCAUCUGCAAGACAUCUGUCUAACCCAAAUAGGAGCUGAAAAUAUAAUAUAAAUAUAAACCGAAUCGAUCUCUGGUGUACAGAAUAUUAGGAGUACAAACACAAUGUUAGCUGUUUUACCCAAAGUCGUUUUAAUAAGAUCCAAAUGAGCUUUAGCCAGGCUGGAACUGUUCCUCCGGUCUUUGUACCAAUCUGAGUUAAACGUCCUGCGUCGAGCUAGUUAUCAUUUUAAUUUCUCAUCUCUAGUGAUGAUAUGAUAUACCUGAGUUUGAAGAAAGAUAAGUGGUGUUAACUCUCCAUAUUCAAGUUGGUAUCGACCACAGGAGGUAAAAUCUUUUGUUUGUUUUGGGAAGCACAGAAAAAACUACAAACAUGGCAGCGUAUCUCUGAUAAAGUCAAUUAAAUAAUAAUUUUGCUGUUAUUUGCUGUCAAUCCACUCUGUCCUGCUGAUAUUACGAACUUUUUAAAGGCCAGUUAAAAAACCUAAAUAUUAAAUAAACAAUAACAAUAGAUCAUUUAUCAAUAAAGUCCUCUUCCUUAUCCGAAUAUAUGAAGCAAGUCGUAUCUUUUUAGUUUUAAGCGAUGCUACAAAUGUCAAAUAUGUUUUUUUGAAUGAAGUUUUUCUUUCUGGAACAGAACCGAUAACGAGUCCUGGUUCUGUGCUCGUCUGUUUACUGAUCAGAUCUUUUUGUUCUGACUUUGGGUAAGACAGCUAAGAAAGAUACUGUUCUUUAUUAAGGUCCUCUUUGUGUUUUACCUGCGUCACCUGAUAGAAACGUAUUUAUAUGUGAAUCGGCAGCUUUCUCUCGUUCACAUCUAAAAGGGGGAAAACUUAAAGUAUGUUUUGCUGUUGAUGCCUGUGGAGUUUAAAGACUGUUAACAGACUGUAAAGUGUCUAAAAUGUCGAAUAUAAGGAGCUAUGUGAACUUUUAAAACACUGCAACAGUGAGUAGUUGUACUUCUUACGGCGGCAGUGUUUAAAAAAAAACCUGUAAAUAGUCCUGUUGAGGAAAUUUCUAAGAAUUAAAGGCUGUAUUUUUCACACUAUUCUGCAAGUGGCAUGAACUGUGCAAUGCUUAAAGUGUAAAUAUACUGUAUUUUUGUAAUAUUCUGGAGAGUUGCCGACCAGUUCGUGCUUCAUGGGGGCUAAAAAAAGAAACACUGACGUAGAAACAGAUUUUUCUGGAUUUGUUUUCAUACUUUCAAAGUGUGAUUGAGGAUUUUAUUUUUAGCAUUUCAUUUGUAAAUUCAGCAUUUGUCCAUUUUUUUUUUUUAUGUUUGUCAGCAAACUUUUGUUCCCUCCUGUAGCCCCCAAAACAAGGAAUAAAUAACAGAAUCUAUUUGAA